GCCGAGCUCCCUACACCCCCAUCCCGGCCUCCGCCCCGCCGCCAGACCCCGCGCUGCCCGGCUCCGGCUCGGGCCCCUCGAAGCUCGGGCUUCCACCCUCCGCCGGGCCGGGUUCCCAGCUCUGCUGCUUCUGCGCCAUCCAACCCCGAGCGGGGCUCUCGCCCACCGAGACCCGCACCCCUCAACCACCCAACGGCUUGCGCGAGGCCCGGCCUUAGUCUGCCCAGGACAGGUUACCGGACCAGCCGGAGGAGGGGCCCGAGAGCGGUGUGACCCGUGCCCCUACGCCCGCGAUUCCCCUAAAGCUACCCCAGAAUUCCUUUUGGGGCUAGGGUCACAAGGGAGGCGGCGCAGUUGAAUACUCUCGUAGGGAAUGGGCUGUGGUACAGACCUCCAUGAGCCGGUUCCAGGUAGCCCUGCUGGGCCUGGGCCUGCUGCUCAUGCUGCUACUGUACGUGGGGCUGCCAGGCCCCCCUGAGCAGUCCUCCUGGCUCUGGGGAGACCCCAAUGUCACAAUCCUGGCUGGUCUUACUCCUGGCAACUCCCCCAUCUUUUACCGCGAGGUGCUCCCACUUCACCGGGCACGCAGGGUGGAGGUGGUACUGCUCCACGGAAAGGCCUUUAACUCCCACACGUGGGAGCAGCUGGGCACGCUGCAGCUGCUGGCACAGCGGGGGUACCGAGCCGUGGCCCUUGACCUCCCAGGUUUUGGGAACUCGGCACCUUCGAAGGAGGCCAGCACAGAGGCCGGGCGGGCGGAGCUGCUGGAGCGUGUGCUGCGGGCCCUAGGGGUGCAGAAGGCCGUGCUGGUGAGCCCCUCGCUGAGCGGCCACUAUGCCCUGCCCUUCCUGAUGCGAAGCCACCACCAGCUGCACGGAUUCGUGCCCAUCGCACCCGCCUCCACCCAGAACUACACCCAGGAACAGUUCUGGGCCGUGAAGACCCCAACUCUCAUCCUGUAUGGGGAACUGGACCGCGUCCUGGCUCGGGAGUCGCUGCGGCAGCUCCGCCACCUGCCCAACCACUCCGUGGUGAAGCUGCAUGACGCAGGCCAUGCCUGCUACCUCCACAAGCCAAAAGACUUCCACCUUGUCCUCCUUGCCUUCCUUGACCACCUGCCUUGAGCUCACCCACUUGCCCAGGCCCUGGGCCUGGCCUGAGCUUGGAGGCUCCGGACCAGUCCCCACUGGGAUGGGAGGGCGAAGGCCAGAGGGCCAGGCCCCGUCAGGAGCUCUCAUCUCACCUCGCAGACAGUAAAUAAAAGUGUUUUUGUCGUGCCCGGGGAGUGA